CCUCGUGGAACUCCCGCUCUGUCUCUGAACUUCUAGAGCGGUCAAUUGAUUGAUACUUCGCAUUCGCGCCUCGUGAAAUGCAAGCUUCCAAUGCUAAAGAGGUUGUGCGUGCUCUACUGCGCCCAGAUGCGGUCACGCCACGCCCACAGGACGCGAAACGACGUGUACGCGUAGUCUUCGAAGGAAACUACAUUUGCGACACCAACCAAGCGAUAUACGUUUGGGAACAUCCCUACUACCCAUACUUCUAUGUGCCCAAAGUAGACAUGAAAUGGGACAACCUGCACGCGCAGCUCGUGGAAACGCUUGACUGCGAUCGCCCCGGCGAGCAUUGGCACGAAGGCACUCACGUUUUGAUUGACAGCGCGGACAUAUGGCAAGUAAGCUCCUCGAAGACUGGAAAGAAGAAGUUUGAGGUCAUCCAUUUCCGGGAGAUGGACUGUUCGCGAGCAGGUCGCUCUCUCAAUGGAUACGUCCGACUGCCCUUUGGUGAAAUGGAUGCUUGGUACGAGGAAGAAUCUCCAAUCUUCGUACACCCUAAAGACCCUACGAAACGUAUCUUUGUCCUCCCUUCCACUCGACCAUUGUCGUUUUGCUUACAAGACACCCGUCUUGUCCUCGCUACAUCAACCUCGUACUAUCGCCUCAUUGAAGGCGAUCUUCCUGUACGAUUCUACAUACCAAUGACCUGUAUUGACCCUUCAAUGUUGCGACCUAGCAAGACUAUCACGAAAUGUCCAUACAAAGGCGACGCAGAAUACUUCGACGUGGUAGUAAACCACGAAGGUAAACAGCACACGAUCAAGGAUCUUAUAUGGUGGUACAGGUAUCCCGAGCAAGAAGUAGCUUCUAUCGCUGGAUAUGCGUGCUUCUACAAUGAGAAGGUUGACGUUUGGCUUGACGGUGCAAGAUUGCCGAGAGCAAAGUCAAAGUUUGUUUAAAAGCACAGCACAAAAACUGAAAUGCUCAUUGUGCGUGACCGGGAAUAACAUAAUGAAGGCAACCAUAAUUAAUCAAGACCUCUGCUAUCCCAGCUAAGUAUAAUACUUGCAAGUUCAGAGAAAUGUCGGGUGGUUCUCUGACCACACACAUAAUAGCAGCCGUGAAGCAUGCAGAGGCCAGUAAGAUAGUAUCACAGCCCUGUCAGACGCAGUAUGCAUCUGCCCCUGCCGCUGAUCAUCGUUCAAAUAGAGUUGAAGUUGAUAGAAGCAUAUAGAAUAUU